GGGUGCGUUUUUGAGAGUGCUGGCGAUUUUAGUUUAUAAAGUUUAUUCAACCUUUCGAUUAUUAUUUUUUUAAUCUGAAAAAAUAGAAUUCGCUCAUUUGCGGUAUGUUAUAUUUUCGUUUUUGCAUAUGCAUUGUUCGGAUGUGAAGCUACGUUAAGGGUGCAGUGUCAUUUUUUUUUUCAUCAAAGCGUGACUUUGUUAACGUUAUUUAUAACAUUUAAUCAGUACGAGUAUAAUGUAACUUUAUGUUGUUUAAACUUAGUGGAUCGUGUGAAUUGCUUGAUGGCAUCACUAUAAUUAUAAUGUGAUUCCCAAUAAACUGAUAUCGUCGAUUAAAUGACAUGUUUUCUAAUCCAGUAGGCAACUAUAAUCUGGAAGAAUGACGUCCAUCCUCAAGGAUAGCCUGCAGUCUCCGUGGUUUGACCGUCCCACGUAUGGCACUACAUCCUCAAAGCAUUAAAAAUCGGCGUCCGCCGAUGAUCAGCCGCAUGAUAUCACUGAUAACUCUAAUACGUCUUGCGUUUUUGCGCAGACAGUUUCGUAGGGAUCUCCUAGAAUGGCCAAAUACACCAUGGACUCUAUAUCUCAACUUUCGGCUUCCGACAUUAAUCGAGUGAAUAAUAAUAAUAAUAAGCAAAUGAAUAAAAGUGCUUGUAGUGAAAAUGUAUUUGGUAAUUCUAGUGUAAAUAAUACAACAGAAGCCUUCCAUGAGUCCAGCACGUGCGCUAAUUCUAAAUUAUCUAGUAGAAGCUUUAAAUGUAGCAAUAACGAUCUUGAAAGUAACGUACCUAGUAUUAAAUCUAACGGCAGUCUUUACACGAGCAACAUACUAAGUAGCUCGGCGGAAAUGGCACCUCUCCUACAAACUGGCAAACAGUCGAAGGAGAAUCGCGCCGCUUUGAAACUGCAGUUAAACGAAAACUCGGUCAGUAGCAAGCCGAAGCUGGUAAUUAAAACGAUUCACGAGAAUCCCAUUCAUCGUGCACGGGAGAGCCCGCAAAGGAAAGCGGCGGACGAAGAAGAUCGGCCAGUUCUUCACGUGCAGUUCGACAGCGAAGAGCGAGAGGCGGAUAGUAGCCUGCCGGCCAAGGAACCAUGCCUUACACCCACCGCUAGCGUAUCCUCUAGUUCGAGCUCUAGUUCCAGUAGCGAAUCCAUAGAAUUAUCAGAAGCCCGACCGCCAGAUGGAGGUUGGGGCUGGGUGAUAGUCGCAGUUUCUUUUAUAGUCAACGUGAUUGCCGAUGGGAUCACUUUUAGUUUCGGUGUCAUAUUCCCUGAGUUUCUGAAUUAUUUUGGGGAAGAUCGUAGCAAAACUGCUUGGAUUGGGAGCUUAUUCAUGGCAAUGCCGUUAUUGUCUGGUCCGAUUGCCAGUUUCCUGACGGACAGAUACGGAUGUAGAUCGGUCACGAUUGUCGGUUCUCUACUGGCAUCCUCCGGGUUUGUCUUAAGCUCGUUCGCGAACAGCACCGAAGUUCUGUAUCUAACUUUCGGAGUGCUGGCCGGUUGCGGAUUGAGUUUGUGUUACGUGGCUUCCGUCGUGAUUGUCGCCUAUUACUUCGACAAGAAGAGAUCGUUUGCGACUGGGCUUGCCGUUUGCGGAAGCGGAAUCGGGACUUUUAUCUUCGCGCCUUUGAUUCAAGGGUUGCUGAAGGAGUACGGAUGGCGAGGUACAACUUUAAUUUUAGCCGGAAUAUUUUUAAACUUGGCUGUGUGCGGAGCAUUAAUGCGAGACUUGCCUUGGACUUCCUACAAAAACAAAUCCGCCGCGCGCGAACGGAAACGGAAGCGUAGCAUACGAAGGAAAAGAAACGACUCAUCGGCGGAUACGUUUUCAGUGAGCAACAGCACUAACACUGCCAGCGCUUUACAGCCGAUAGUUGAAAGUAACGAAAACGGUGAAACUGACGAAGACAAACAGACUGAACAAGAUCGAAUGUCCAGCUCAUUGGUGAACUUGCCCACUUUCGUACGCAAUGGAGAAAAAGUGCCAAUAGAAGUUUUAGAGUUACUGUCGACCCACAAAAAUGUUUACAACGUUCUUCUACAAAAUUACCCGAGCCUUCUAGCUCCAUCGAGGAGUUUUAGUGAUUCCGGUAGGUUACACAAAGCUCACUUGGCUGUUAAAACACCUCUACCACCUUCGCCUCUUACCGAUAAAGUUCCUCCAGUGCCUUCAAUAUCACCGACAACAACCGACGGUGCUUACCUAUGGUGGUUGAAGAGGAACGAAAUAACACCACCUAGAUUACCUCCGCAAAAAAGACUGCCCACUGCCUAUUUAAAAGAUUUGCGAGUGCACAGAUUGUCACUGACCUACCGAGGGGCGAUGCUCAACAUAAACAGGUACCGCUUGAGGGCCUCCUCCUGUCCGGACAUUUACCGAAAUUCGAUGACGACGAUCGCCAAGGAGAAAAUGCAGUGGUACGCGGGACUGUGGGAUCUUUGGGAUCUGGUGGUCGACAUAAUCGAUUUCUCCCAUUUCGCCAACGCAAAAUAUUUACUGUUCGCAAUUUCGAAUUUCCUUUUGUACACGUGGUACGACGUCGAAUACAUGUACUUAAACGAUCACGCGCUGGGCUUGAAGAUCUCGGAGGAGGACGCUUCGAUGCUCAUUUCGGUUAUAGGCAUCGUUAAUAUGUUUGGAGAGAUUAUCCUAGGAUGGGCCGGAGAUCGUCCUUGGAUUAAUCCUAGCGUAGUUUACGCGAUUUGCAUGUGCUUGUGCGGUGCGGUUAUUGCGCUUGUGCCGCUAUUGGAUAGCUAUUUGUCGCUAUGUUUGGUCGCCGGAGGAUUUGGAUUUUUUAUUGCAGCCAAUUAUUCAUUGACUUGUAUUAUAUUAGUCGAGCUGAUAACGUUGGAACGAUUUACAAAUGCCUAUGGACUUUUAUUACUUGUACAAGGUGUUGCUAAUCUGAUAGGACCACCAAUUGCAG